CCUUGCGGCACGCACAGCGCCGGAGCGCCGUGCGGCGGUUGCGCGACGUGAGGCUUGUCCCUUCCAGCGGCUGCAGCACGAAGCCGAGGCGACAUGGAAGUGAAGAACGCGAGCGCGGCACUGCUCAGUAACUACGAGGUGUACCAGCUGCUAACAGAUCUCAAGGAGCAGCGGAAGGAGAGUGGGAAGAACAAACACAGUGCCGGGCAGCAGAACUUGAACGCCAUCACCUACGAGACAUUAAAAUACAUAUCAAAAACACCAUGCAGGAACCAGAGUCCUGCAAUUGUUCAAGAAUUCCUCACAGCAAUGAAAAGCCACAAGCUGACCAAAGCCGAGAAGCUUCAGCUGCUGAACCACAGGCCAAUGACCGCUGUUGAGAUCCAGCUGAUGGUAGAAGAGAGUGAAGAGCGGCUCACGGAGGAGCAGAUUGAAGCCCUUCUGCAUACUGUCACUAGCAUUCUGCCUGCAGGACCAGAGGAUGAACAGAGUAAAAGCACUAGCAGUGAUGUGGUGAUGGAAGAGGAAGACCCAGCAUAGAUGUGCACAGCUGGCAAGGUUGUUCGUGGAGUUCAAAGCCCCAGCAGCCAUUUCCUGGAUGUUCAGAGGAUUGUUUAUUUGGUUUUACCCUCUCUUUAUAUGCCUGAUCUCAGGGUUGGUUGGGAGAAAUUGCAAAAAUAAGAUAUAAAGAAAUCUUUAUGCCUUGAGAUCAAGAAACAUGGGGUCAGAGAAGGGCAGAGAGCUCAAGACGGGACUUUCUGGGUAGAAAGACUUCUGUGGCCUCUGCCACACUUGUACGCAGUGCUAAGCUAUUUAGCGCGUUAUUGCCUGUGUCGUAGACUAUGGCAGGAGCGGCUGGGUGAGAGCGGAGCUGUAAGAAUGGCUCGUGCUUGAGAGCUCCAGAGCUGCACACAGCUGCUCCUGGGGAAAUGACCCGGAGCUUAGCUCACUCUAGAGGAAUGUCCUUAGCAGAAACAGGACGUUAGAAAAGGAGAUUAAGAGCAAACUCCAGUGUGAGCCCAGCCUGGUCCGCAUAGGAAGGAAAUCACAUGUGAACACAUCUAACAUGCAUGCAUACCACAUACAUACAAAAAAUUAGUCCUUUUUCUGUUAAUUGCUAAAAACAAUUCUUACAGCCUUGGUAAAUGACAAGGAAAAGAGACUUAUUUUGGCCCAUGGUUCUGGUUCAUGGUCAAAGGGCACCUGGGGAUGGCCCUGUUAUUGCCCGAGUGCUUGGGUAGCAUAGGACACCACCUGAUGAAAAUGAGGAGUAUUUGUUUAUUUUCAGAGUCACUGACAGCCCAAAGUGACCUUGAACUCAGUCUGUAGCCCACUCUGUCAUCAGACUUUUGAUGAUUCUUUUGCCUCAGCCUCCUGAGCACUGGGAUUAAAAGUGUAUGCCUCUCAGUUUGAAAGGCAGAGGCCAGCCUGGUCCAUAUAGCAAGUUCCAGCCAGCCAGAGCUACACAGUGAGACCCUGUCUCAUAAAAACAAACAAAAACCACACCAUAUGACCAUAUGAUGUGCCACUAUACUGUGUGUGUGCACGCAUUUUGUGGGGAGAGGAGGUUAGUUUAUUUUUUGAGACCUUUUUUUGUCAUAUUUAAUAGGAGUUUAAUGGCAUUAUUAUGUAAUGGGGAGAUUCUUUCUCUCCAGACACCAUAGUUUAUCUAAUAAAAUGUGCAGUGAUAGGUAAUCUUUUUUGAGUACCAUAGAUUCCCCU